CUUUAAUAUUACGUGUGCUAUUUAAAUUAAAACUAAAAUGGUGGUAAACAAUUUAAAUUUGCGGGAAACCAGCAAAAAUACGUGUGUUCAAAGAACAGUGGCAUGUUUUAUCAGUGCGUGUCGAAAAUUAAAUAGUUUGGGCAGCGUUUAUGCGGGUCUAUUUUUGUUAUUUGUGCCAUCAGUACUCUGUAAAGCAGAUUGGCCAGGACACUUAACUUACGACCAAAUAUUCAACAAUACACACUACGCGCAGUUACAAACUGUGUACAAGCCAUACACCGCAGUCAGUAGUUUUAGCAGCCAUCCAAAUAGUCCUAAGUUCAUCCAUAAUGACACCAGAAGUAAUGAGAUUGAAGAACGGCCGUAUUAUAAGGAUCCUAGCGGUCCACUCCUGGUUGGAUUUGCUAGGGAUCCGUUUAGGUACUCUGUGCCAGAAGAUGAUUAUAGAAAAGGGGUCAGAAACAUAGAUCCCCAAGUAUACAUGAGUAAGUCGGAGAACCGUGGCAAGCGCGGAGUGUUCCACCUGUACAACAUGUUGUACUGUGCCACUGGCUGUGAUCCUCUUGCUUAUAAGGGCUAUGGAUGCUACUGCGGCUUCCUUGGGGAAGGGAGACCUACUGAUGGUAUUGAUAGGUGCUGCAAGCUUCACGAUCAAUGUUACGAGAACAUUUACUGUCCGUUCUACACGGUGUACUUACAGCCUUACUUCUGGAAGUGCUACCACGGACAGCCUCUGUGUGCGUUAGAGAACUUUGACUCACAGCAUGAGUUCAUCAAUGGUUGUGCUGGACGACUCUGUGAGUGUGACAGACAAUUCGCGAUGUGUGUGAGAAGAUAUCGAUGUCCUCGAAGACGGGCUCUGUGUCGAUCCUCACCGAUACGAUUGCUGCAAAAUCUACUCAUGUUCCGAUGACAUAAGCAAAAAUUUUACUCGACUAAGUAAUUA